CCGAACAAUUGAGUGGACAUGCAGGAAUCCCACCAACCGAAGACUGCCUCCAGAUGAGAAUCAAUCUCAGACGAUGUCCUUGGCCGGGACAUAGCAGUCUCUUGAUACGAAUAAGUAUUCUCGCUGCCCCAAUCUUGCAUGUAGGGUACCUCGAAGGAGAGCUAACGGUUGAUGCUCAACAUGGUUCAGAUAUCGGUAACAGCGCUUCUCCUACCGCUCACGCUAGCCUCUGCUCUUCCAAAGAGAGCCACCGUCCUGAUUCCGAAAAGCGUUUUCGACAGCACAACCUCCCUCGAGCAAUACUUCACAUACAACUACCCAUGGGGAGGUAACACCCACAAUGGCGGCGCCCGCAUGGAUAAAGAGCACGUUGCAAUCUCCCCUCCGGGUACCCUCAAAAUCACUGCUCAGCCCGUCAAAGGUCAGCCUCCUGCAACCCACGGCGGGAAGCAGAUACCCAUCAACUACCUCUCCGGCGCCGUAGGAGCAAAGCAGCAUUUCAAUGUUCCCAAAGGAGGCGGACUCGUGUUUUCAGGAUCUUUCCAGGCCACAGCCACAAAGGGGACAUGGCCCGCUUUCUGGCUCACUGCCGUCAACGGCUGGCCACCUGAGAUCGAUAUGGCGGAGUGGAAGGGCAGUGGCAAGAUUAGCUUCAAUACCUUCAACACGAGCAGUGUGUUGUCUUGGAAGGAUGUGGCAUACAAUAAUCCGAGCCAGUUCCACGAUAUCACGUGUGAGCUGCGGGAUGUGAAUGGGAAGGAUACGCAGGUGAAGUUCUGGAUGGAUGGGGCGUUGCAGGCAACACAUGUGGGGAAGGAUUAUACGGGGAAGCCGUUCUAUCUGAUAAUCAACCUGCAAAUGGAGGGUUCGAGCGGUAAACCGGGACCGACAACUAACACGACUUACUCGGUGAAAAACCUGGAGGUGACGACACUCUAAGAUGUAAGCAUGGGCGUGCAGCUGGGAGCCCGACUCAGCUAUUCAUGUUAUAUAGGGCACUAAUAGAUGUUGGUUUUGGUCGUACACCUUGCCUAGGAACGAGACCACGAUCUAUGAAGUGCGGUAAUGCGUGCGAAGCGGUAGUCGCCGGUGAAAGACGGGCUCCAGAAAAGGCCCUGAUAUCCCCCACACGGCACAGACUGAGUCCGUUGGUUA